AUGGGCAAGAUCACGACUCAGCUCGUUGUGACAGGAUCAGAGAGGAGAGGCAGGCCAAAGGCUCUCCAGCCUGGCGACCGUGAAUGGGUGACAGUGAUCGCUGCUAUUAACGCUGCUGGCUGGUCAGUCCCGCCGUUCCUCAUCUUCGCUGGCCAGUAUCAUCUAUCUGCCUGGUAUGAGGAAGCAGAGAUCCCACGCGACUGGGCGAUUGCAGUUAGUGACAACGGCUGGACCAACAACGAGCUAGGAGUAGAGUGGCUAAAGCACUUUAACGCUCAUACAAAGACUCGUGUCGUCGGCGCGCGUCGCCUGCUCGUCCUUGACGGCCACGAGAGCCACCACUCUCUUGAGUUUCAAGAGCUCUGUAAGGAGAAUAACAUCUACACUCUCUGUAUGCCGCCUCACUCAUCGCACCUGCUGCAGCCACUUGACGUUGGCUGCUUCUCGCCGUUGAAGCGCGCGUACAGCCGCGAGGUUGAGGCUCUGAUCCGCCACCGCAUC